UGACAAAUGCUAAAGUUUUGACUUUUGUCUACUUUUAUCUUACUAUUUCUAUCAAUAAAAGCGUUUUCUUUUGUAUCAAAGUUUAAUACGAACAAAAGAAAGAUUUAACAGAAAAUUCUAUCAACCCAGCUCCGUUAAAACAGCCAUAAUUGCUUCCAAAAUGCAAAACGUGAACGCUCCGCGGGAGCCUGCUCCCGUCUUGAGCACAAGUUCGACAAUUCUUAAUAUGAGAGAAAAAGAAAAGUACAUCGAAGACUUCGACUUUCCCUUCUGCGACGAGUCUUCUAAAUACGAGAAAGUCGCUAAAAUAGGUCAAGGCACCUUCGGGGAAGUGUUUAAAGCCCGCGCAAGGAAUAGUAGCAAAAAGUUCGUUGCUAUGAAAAAAGUACUUAUGGACAACGAGAAAGAAGGCUUCCCUAUCACUGCUCUGCGUGAAAUUAAGAUCCUACAGCUUCUCAAACACGACAAUGUUGUCAAUUUAAUAGAAAUAUGUCGUACAAAAGCGACAUUACAUAAUAAAUAUCGUUCAACUUUUUACCUAGUAUUCGAUUUUUGUGAACAUGAUUUAGCAGGUUUAUUAUCAAAUGUUAACGUUAAAUUUAGUUUAGGUGAGAUUAAAAAGGUUAUGCAGCAAUUGCUAAAUGGUUUAUACUACAUACACAGUAAUAAAAUAUUACACAGAGACAUGAAAGCCGCAAAUGUGUUAAUAACCAAGAACGGUGUGUUAAAGUUGGCGGAUUUCGGUCUGGCGCGAGCAUUUAGCGUGGCAAAGGCUGGACAAGUUAACAAAUACACUAAUAGAGUUGUCACACUCUGGUAUAGACCUCCGGAAUUGUUAUUAGGAGACAGGAAUUAUGGACCUCCAGUAGACAUGUGGGGUGCGGGAUGCAUUAUGGCAGAAAUGUGGACUAGAUCUCCAAUUAUGCAGGGUCCUACUGAACAGCAGCAAUUGAUCUUAAUAUCCCAACUUUGUGGGUCCUGUACCCCCGAUGUGUGGCCCGGAGUAGAGAAUCUGGAUUUAUACAACAAAAUGGAGCUCCCUAAGGGUCAGAAGAGAAAGGUGAAGGAACGUCUGAAGCCUUAUGUAAAGGACCCAUAUGGUUGUGAUCUGCUCGACAAGCUGUUACAAUUGGAUCCAGCUAAAAGGUAUGACGCGGACACAGCUUUGAACCACGACUUCUUCUGGACCGACCCAAUGCCGUGUGAUCUAGCGAAUAUGCUCGCCCAACAUACGCAGAGCAUGUUCGAAUACUUAGCCCCUCCGAGGAGACCAGCUCAUUUACGGCAUCAUCACCAUGUGGCUGGUGCUCAGGCGAAGCCUUCCCAGCCUGUUGCGGACUCAGGGUACCAGGACCGAGUCUUCUGAGCGGUCAGAAGGCGGUCCCGGCAUCGCGGGGCGAAGCCCUAAGUGUGAUACGCUUGGGUGACUGAAUAGUGAAUGGUGUUUAUAAGUGACAUGUGAAGACUUUUUGUUCAAGAUAGUGCUUAACAUUUCUGACUACAUAAGUAGGGAAAUAGACUCUGUCUUGUAACAUGUGGAUAUCUGAGUAGCAGUUGGUAACUAUUUUGGUGUAUUCCGAUGGCUGUUUUCUUUUUUAUAAUUAAAACUAACUGUUCCCAUGUGGCUCCAUCCGCAUAAAAUUAUGGAAAUUUCAUUUUA